UGGUACCACUUGGUCACUGAAGAUGAGAGAAUUAGGAAAAUCCAAAUUUAAGCAUAGAAAAUGGAUAGAAGACUAAACUAACUAACUAUUGUCUUUGACUCGCGCUAGAAAAUUAUGCUUUAGGCCGAAAGUGCUUGGCUAAACAAAAAAAUGUUGGUCUUAUUUUGGUAGUUUUGUAGGAUGAUAUGACAUUAAUUAUGCUUGAGGUUAAUUAGCUGUGAGCACAUGAACGCCAUGUUACUCUUCACCCAAUUCUCUUUUACUAAGACAAUUUCUUUAAUGUGCAUAUCGAUCCUACACUCUUGCUUCUAUAAAUGGCAUAUACCUAACUCGAUCAACCUUAUCUAUUGGUUGUGUUACUGUACUCAGGUUUGUGACAUGUAUUUAGUUUACGGUGCACGUUCAUGAUGUCACACUGUGUUCCUUCUGUUUCAUCUUUUGGACCAAAUAUUUCUUUAACCACCCAUGUCUCCUGUUGCACUUAUUACUCAAAUUAUCGCCCAUCAAGUAUACACAUAUCUAAUGUGAUUUAUACAUAUAUUUUUUUUGCCAACAGCUUUAUAUGAUUUGGAUGACUCAAAUAAGCCAAUCCGAGAGAACAUUGUUUACAUACGAUAUAAAACACGAUUGUACAUGAACCGUUCGUGUCAAUUUAUCCGCUUUAACAUUAGUUUGACGAAAAAUUAAAGAUACAUACUUUUUAUUAUUAUUAUUGAGAUAACUUGAAAACUUAGAAAUAUUAGUUACACGAAUCUUGGGAUAUAUGUAUGGUCGCUAAUUUAAAAGUUAAAGAAAAAAAAGUAAAUUGAAAAUUUUUCACGAUCAAAAUAUAUUUUAAGAUGAAUUUGCUAGAUGAUCAUAUAUUCAUAUGGGUUUAUAUUUGUGAAGAAAUCAUAUGUUGGUAAAAUCGUAGAUAAAUUAUGUGUGUGUUUUUUUUUGUGUGUGAUUAAUUCAAAUAGCAUCGUUAUCAUAUUGAACAAUGUGCCGUCAGGUACUAAAGUAGCUAGGUAUUUGUUAAAAUAAACGAAAAAUGUAUGCUUUUAUGAAAGUUACAUGGGUGAUAACUCAAGUUAUUUACGACUUUGAUCGGUCAUUUCUGCAAAUAAGUGACCAACAGAUCGUCAUUUAGUGUAUAUACUCUCUACUUUGUAUGAAAAUCGACUUGAUGAAAU